AUGGAAGAAGACCCAAAUAGUAGCGGUAACACAAGCAGUACUAGCCAUGGUGCUGCGUCGUCUAGCUACAGAGGAGUCCGGAAGAGAAAAUGGGGCAAGUGGGUGUCUGAGAUUCGUGAGCCAGGCAAGAAAACAAGAAUUUGGUUGGGGAGCUUUGAGACACCUGAAAUGGCUGCUGCUGCUUAUGAUGUUGCUGCGUUACACUUUAGGGGACAUGAGGCACGUCUCAACUUUCCUGAAUUGGUUCACAGCCUCCCUCGCCCUGCUAGCUCUAAUUCUGAACACAUACGCAUGGCGGCUCAUGAAGCGGCCUUAAGGCUUCGAGGCUCUCAAGGAGUGGCUGAGGUUGGAGGAGGAUCUAGCUCGAACAUGGCACCGGUCACGGUGAGGCUCUCUCCUAGCCAGAUUGAGGCCAUUAAUGAGUUCCCUCUUGACUCACCCAGCAAGAUGUGGAUGCAAAUGUCAAUGGAAGAGUCUAUGACGUUCUCCAAUGACAUUGAAGAAAAUGAAUGGGAAGAUAUGCAAAAUGAUUCUCUUUGGGACCCUUAG